CUCCAUAGCUGCCGAUCCGAUCAACUUUUCAAGGCAUCACAAUAUUAUAAAUAUUAAAUAUGACAUUAUAUUGAAGGUAGAAAUGGACAGUGCUAUGAGUCUUGAGGCAGAAGUGGGAAAAGUAUAGCAUGAUGUGAUGAAAAGGGUCCUACUAAUAAGUAAGAAGACAUUUUUGACUGGUUUCCCUCUGUGCAGGCCGGUGAUGGAGAAGGCUGGUUGCUGCUGUGAGCUUUUUGUCAUGCAAACACUGCUGAAAAGGGGGGUCACGAAGCAGGUGACACUUAAAAGCGCCACUCUGAACCAAAGGAGCAGAAAUGUGUGACUUUCCCUCUACGAUGGAUUUCUCUCGCUUGGACUCUGCAGCUUGUGAGCCACCAUACCUGAUGGGAAUGGCCAGCCUCGCUUCGGACUUCGGUUCUUCCAGUCAUCCCUUUGGAGUUCAGGUCAAUUUUAUCCAGAGCAGAGCUUUUCCUGUUCUUCCACGACCUCGCAUCCUGGACAAUCUGAGAGAUCAACCAAAUUCCCUCUGCGUAAUAGGUGUUGGCAGGAGGCCGAAGUGCAGGCGAGUGCGCACCACCUUCACGCAUGCGCAGCUUCUGGAACUGGAGCGUGUGUUUGCUGAGACUCAGUACCCUGACAUCUGCAUGCGCGAGGAGCUCGCCCACAGGAUCGACCUGACCGAGGCUCGCAUCCAGGUAACAUUUUAUUUUAUUUUAUUCUAAUUGCUGUUGCCAUCUUGUGGCUGAGAUGUGAUUCUGUAAUCAGGUUGGGCAAUAUAUCACUUGUUACGAUAUUGAAAUUUUGAACCAACUACUGAUAUCACUGUACACUGCAUUAUGAAAUUAGUUCCUAAUAAAAAAUGCACAUUUUUAUCUAAAAUUUAACUCACAAGCCAUAUUUAAUUGCACUAGAAGCCUUGAGCUGGUAUGGAGAAAGAAGAUGUUAAUGUUUUAUUGAAAUUGUAAUUCACCUCCAAGGCAGCAGAGGGCUCUAAAAUGCCAAAGUGCUUCUUUAACCCUCUACUGCACACUGUUGCCAAUUGGCAACAUGCCAUUUAUCUGGAUUUUUUUUUUUUUUUUUGAGCAUUUAAAGAAAACUUUAAAGAAAUUUAAUUUUAAAGAUUGGUUACACUACACUGUUAAAGAGUGUGUGAAUGAGUGUGUGUGUGUGUGUGUGGUGCCCUGUGAUGGACUGGUGUUUUAUCUGGGGUGAGUUCACCCACUUUGUGCCCAGUGUUACCGGGUUUGAUUUCAGAUCCAACCCGACCCUCACCAGAAUAAAGCGCUUAUUGAAGAUGAAUGUAGAGGGUUAAAGCAUAAUGCAUGACCAGAAUUGUAUGCUGUUGCACUGAUUCUCAGUCGCCGCAUGGGUUUUCUUUCAGGUUUGGUUUCAGAACAGGCGUGCCAAAGUGCGCAGGCAAGAUCGUGCAGCUAGUGUGACUCGAGCCCCAACUAAAGAAGAGGAAAAUCUGGAAGGGUCUAAUUCACAUGCUUCAUCAUCGAUGAAAUUUGGUGAGCUCUGUUCAUCCAGUGACACCACAUGCAGUCCUCUACCAAAAAACAAUGGAUGGCAUAUGGAAAAGCUUUCGUUCUAACGCCCAACCAUGAUACAGUCAAGGUAAAAUUGUACAUUCGUGUAAUAAAAACCUGCAGCUAACGUUAAUACUGUCAUCUCGGUUUGAAUUCGUAAACAAUUUUGACUGCUUCCUGUAAACACCAUAAACAACUGUUCAUACCAUAUUUAUAUUCAUCACAUUAGGAUGUUAACACUUAAGGGUUGUGCUAUUACUGUAUUCUAAAGCAGUGGUUCGCAAACUUUUUGGAGCCAAGGACCCCUUUUUGACCCCCUCAGUAAGGAUUUGUUUCAUGAACGUUAUUUAAAAUGUUCAAAAAUAAUAUUUUUUUGGAGAGUGCUUUCUAUUACUAUUUCUGUUGCUUUCUAUUACCAAUACAACACAUCAGGUCUGAGUUGACUUUAGUGCUUGGACCCCUAAAUAUAAUAACUCUGAUAAUGUGGGUUGUGAUUUCCACCACUGUAACAAAAUCCAAAAAAAGUUAUGGACUAGGCUUAUACAUAUUUAUGUACAUUAUACAGUAUACAACUAUUUGUACCAUACUUGAUUUUUUCACUCUAAAAAGAUUUUGUCAGGUCCUGAAUGAAACCACCAUUCAUAAGUGUAUAUACAUAUACAUGUACAUAAGUGUAUUUUUUAUUUCUCAGAGAAAUGACUCCAAUUUUUAAAAUUGUAAUUUAAAUCAAUUAAAAAAAAUUUUUUUGUUUAG